AUGUCCGAUCCCUCCCUCCAAAACCUACACAAAACCCUCUUCGAUGAAGGGCUGAAAGUCCGCCGAUCCGUCGUGGGAGACCCCUACGUUGAUCGAGCCCUCGCCAACGGAUCCAGUGACUUUGCACGUCCCAGCCAAGAGCUGAUAACAGAGUGGUGUUGGGGGCAUAUCUGGACUCGACCGGGACUCGAGAGGAAACAGAGGAGUCUUUUGAAUCUGGGCAUGUUGAUCGCCCUGAAAGCCUGGCCGGAGCUGGCGGUUCAUACGCGAGGAGCGAUUAAUAAUGGAUUGACCCCUGUGGAGAUUCGAGAGGCGGUUCUGCAGGCGACGGUUUACUGUGGUGCGCCGGCGGGGUUGGAGGCGACGAGGAUUACGGAGAGGACUAUUAAGGAGAUGAUUGAGAAUGGGGAGUAUAAGCCAGAUGAUUUAAGUGCUUGA